AUGAGCAUCCACAGCCGGCGCGGCACCGCGCGUCAAGUCCGCGCCGCGUCCGCGCUCGUGCGGUCCACGCCCGGCGGAGACAUCGAUCGUAGGUUCGGGCUCGGGGACGUCACCCCGCUGCAUCUCGCGGCGUGGCGGGGCGACGCGCGCGUCGUCCGCGCUCUGUGCGACGCCGGCGCGUCGCUCACCGCGCGCGACGGCGAGAGCGGAUGGUCCCCGCUGCACCGCGCCUUCCACCACGGGAACGCGCGCGCCGCCGCCGCGCUCCUCGCGCGCGGCGCGACCCUCCACGCCCCGCUCGACCGGCUGGGCAGAUCCCCGCUGGACGUCCUCACCCGAGCGCUCCGCCGACGCUUCGACGACGACGCCCUCGACCGUUCGCGUCCGCAUGGACCGACCGCGUCCCCGACCCGCGCCGCCGCCGCCUCCGCCUCCGCGUCGUCGUCGUCGUCGUCGUCGUCCCGACCGUGCGAUCUGUACUCGUGGGGCAGCGGCGUCAACUUUCAGCUCGGCACGGGCGCGGUGAACGAGCAACCGACGCCGCGACGCGUCGACGACGUCGCCGUGGCGGUCCCAACCUCGCACGGAUCCGCGGGUGGGGGGGUCGAGCACGACGACGGCUGCGGGUCGGGCGGGUCCGGGGAUACGAAUCGUCGCAGGAGGGAACCGUGCGGCGGCGUCGUCUGCGCAUCCGCCGGUAAGUUUCACACCGUGUGCGCCACCGCCGACGGAGCCGUGUACGUAUGGGGACACGGCCGCGGGGGCAGGCUCGGCGUGAACGUGAAGGCGGUGUACGCGGGGGACGAGGCGAUCGUCGCGCCCGCGCGUCUGGCGACGUUUGGGGUUCACCCACGUAACGGUCCAAACUCGGUCCAAAGUCUUCGCGUGGUUGCGGUGGCGGCUGGGAAGCACCACACGUUGGCGGCGACGGAGUGCGGGCUCGCGUUCUCGUGGGGGCUGAGCAGGGACGGGUGCCUGGGGUACCUCACCGCGGCGGAGGAGACCGCGGCCGUUUCGUCGUCCACCAGGGCCGUUUCGUCGUCGGUAACCGCCGUCGGACCCACCCAAACUGAAGAACGAUUCUCGCAAAACACGCCCAGGCGAAUCGCGGGGACCCUCAAGGGGAUACGAAUCGUCGCCGUUUCCGCCGCCAACCGUCACAGCGUCGUGCUCACCGCCGACGGCGACGUGUACGCGUUCGGGAGCAACGCGCGAGGCCAGCUCGGCGUCGCACUGGGUUCGCACCUGCUCGACCACUCGCACUCGCCCAAACGAGUGGACCUGACUCGUGGUAAGCGCUCGUUCGCCGACGGCGGCGGCAGGCGGUGCGUCGGCGUCGCGUGCGCCAAGGCUCACACCGUCGCGCUCACCGCCGACGGGGACGCGUUCCAGUGGGGCCACGGCGCGUGGGGUCCGAGGCGGGUCGACAUCGGGUCGGGUUUAGUCCAUCGCGACGGAGGAGGAAGCCCCGGCAAAAAUUUCGUCGUCCACCAGGGCGUCACCUCCAGGCCGACGCCCGGUCGGUUAGUCGCCGUCGCCGCGGGCGCGACGACGUCCCUGGCGCUCACCGCCGACGGCGCGGUGCUGGCGUGGAGGAGCGACGAUAAGGCGCUUCGAUGUUCGCACGUGCGCGGCAUUCCCGACGGCGUCGUCUCCGUCGCGGCGGGUAAGCGCAGGUGUGUUGUGGCCACCGCCGCCGGCGACGUCUACUCCUGGGACUCGACGGAUGAAAAAGAAAAAGAAGCGGCGCCGUUCAGGGUGGCCGGGAUCAAGCGCGUCGUGUCGGUGUGCGUCGGGGAGAAGCACUCGUUGGCGCUGCAGAGGAUAGCGCGGCCGCCGCGCGAGACGAUUCUGACGCUCGCCGACGAGGAGGAUGACGCCGACGAGUACGCCGGAAACUUCGCCGGAGACUUGGAUGACGUCGACGAGGUCACGGCGAGCUUGGAGGCGAUGUACUCGACCGCCGCGGACGACGUCGCGCGCGUCGCGGACGACGACUGGGACGCCCAACCACCAAACGCCGAACCAAACUCCGACGGGGACUCGGACUCCGAGGACGGCGACGGACGAAGGAGGAAUCGAAGGAGGGCGUCAAAGUGCCCGUCGCUGAAGGACCUGUGCGUUUUAGUCGUAGCCGAGCGCGUGUGCGACGUGCGAAACGCGACGGACCUCGCGUCGUUCGCGGCGCACCUCGACGCGCCCAGCCUUCGAGCGUACGCCCUGCGAGUCGCCGCCGCCAACCUCGACGCGGCGCUGUGCGAGGUUGGCCCGGAGGCGCUGGUGGAGUGCGACCCGUUCACGGCGGCGGCGUUGGAGCUUUUAUUGCGGCGAGGGGACGGGGCGACGUUCACGGGUAACCGCGACGCCUCUCGAGGCACCGACGACGACGACGCGGACGACGCGGAUGCGGACGACCGUUACGACGACCGUUACGACGACGACGACGAGCGGGUGUUCAGGGAGAGGAGAGACGCGGCGGAGUUUCUCGCUCGCAUCCGAGCCGCGUCGGCGUUUGAUCGAGCCGACGACUCUGAACCCAUGGAAUCCGCCGCCGCUACGCAUAAACCGCGCCGGGCCAGGGGACGCGCCUCGAACGACGCGGGCUCGGGCCCCGCCGCGAGCGUGCCCCCCGCCGCUCCCACCGACGAAGCCUCGAGCGGCGACGCGGGGGGACCGAGCUGGCUCUCCGCUCGCGUCCGAGGAAUUGGGAAAACGCCGAUUGAAUCGGAGGACCAAACUCCGCGCAAACCCGCGAGGGGCGCGGGGACGAGCAGGCGCGCGGCGGAGGCCGCGGCGAGCCGGGCGGCGCGCGGCGCGCUGUCGCUCUUCCUCUCGGGCGCGCUCGAGGAGGGCCUACGCCGCGGCGGGGGCGCGUCGAACGUCGAUGCGGCGGCGGCUGAGACGGCGGAGCGAAGAACGACGCCGAGGACGUGGAACCGUUCCGAGAACCGUUCCGAGAACCGUUCCGAGACGGCCGACGCGAACCCCUCGCCGGACGACGUCGACGUCCACACCCGCCCCGUCAAUCGUCGUCGCGGUCUCCUGGACAUUCAACUCGCGCAGGAGCGGGAGGCGGCGGCGGAGCGGGAGGCGCGUGACGCGCGAGGUUUCGCAACCGCCGCGGCUCGCCCCGUCCCCGCGUAUGGGCAAAACGGGCAAAACGGGCAAAACGGGCAAAACGGGCAAAACGACCCCCACACGCCGUCCGCGCCCGCCGACGUCCACGACGCGUCUCGUUCGUUCCCUCCGUCGUCUCCCAACGCGCGGGUGUUCUCGCUCGGCGCCCUCAUCGGAGCCAGUCGCGGCGGCGGGUACGGCGGGCGAGGGUCCCGUUCGUUCGCCAAAAACGGCCAAAAACGGCCGCCCCAAUCACCCGCGUGGGGCGGGGUUCGUUCGUCGUCGAUCGAAUCGUCGCGUUCGCGGGGCGACGACGCGUCCCACGGGUCGCCUCCUCCCCCCUCGCUUCUGGACAUCCAGCGCGAGGAGGAGGCCAGGGCGGAGAGUUCGUUUGGUUCCCCCUCGCCAAAAAACUUUUCGCCAAACUUUUCUCGGCUCGGCGGGUCGUCGCCCGCGAGUGCCGGUCGGUCGUGGUACGUGCCGGACUCGGGGCGCGGCGCGCCGGUGGGGCUGAGGGCGCUGUUGGCGGAGGAGGAGGACGCGCGGUUGGCCGCCGAGCUCGCCGCCGCGGAGGCUGACGCCGCCGCGAAGGUUAAGGUUCCUCCUUUGGAUAAAAAGGAAAAAGGCAAAAAGCCGAGUCGGAGGACUCGCGCGGGUAACCCGCGACCCGGUGGGAACCCACGAUCGACCGACGGAACUAAAGGCGGGAACCGCAAGGAUGACAAGUCGGGCGACGGGGAGGACGAGGCUGUGCGUCGGCACCGUCCACCCGCGAAGAAGAAGGCUUCUUCGUCGCCCGAGGCUUCGAACCGAGGAGGCGCGGGUGCGGGUGCCGACGAGGCGGCUCUCGGGGGUGGGAGACGGGGCCGAGUCGGGGGCGACGGGUGCGUCGGCGCGCGCGGGUCCGGGCCGGCGAAGCCGAGGGCGUUCCCGAAAGGGACGAAAGCUCGAGAGUCGGAGCCUCCGCAGCGCGGGAACGGUCGAGGAGGACGCUCGCGGCGCGGGGCGCCACAACAGCCCUAAUUUUAAUUUUGGGCGAAAUAGGAAAUUUUAAUGCCAAAUGGAGCGGU